GGCGGCAUCACCCCUCGCCUGCAAUGGCGUUGUCUAGCUGCGCGCUCGUGUAUAUGUGUGUGUGUAUAUGUGUGUGUAAUGUCAUAUUGUGUCAGUUGUCCGGUGAAGUCCAGCAUGGCAGUUUGAUGCUGAUAGAUGCUGAUAGCGGAGCUGAAUUUAAAUGUUGUUCAAUGUAAUUCCCCUUUGGUCAAUGAUUUAAAGCUAGUACACAUUUAUUCCUGGCAUAACUGACAUUGCAUCUGAAGGCGUAACGUUAGGAAUCCCCAACAAAAUGUGAUUGCACCCAACAAACAACCUGAAGGAAUGUUACUGAAUAUUUGAGAAGACCUCCAUUGUCGAGGCUAAGAUGUUGAAGACAGAGGCCUCGGCAGAGAGGAAUACCCUGAGGAGCGCCUCCCCACACCGGAAUGCCUACAGGACGGAGUUCCAGGCUUUAAAGAAGGCGUUUGACCAACCGAGACAGGAUGGAGACCCCAAACUCAAGGACACGGAGGGGGUCAGGCAGCCUCGAGGGCGGCAAUACGGGGCCCAUGUUAGUCGCAUCAAGAACAUGUUUAUGCAGAUGGGGACUGAAAACACUGGGUCUAACAGACGAUCGAGGGAGGAGACCUCCCCGCAGAAACUCAACAAGCCAACAAACUUUGUCAACAGGGUGGAUGGGUCAGUGGUCAUAUUCCAGCAUGGCAAUGGAGAGCGGACUUCCAGUGGCCAGCAUAACUCAAAGUUUUCCGAAACAAGGAAACUCUUUGAGCAGAGCUCCAGAGAUGCUUCACAGUCGCCCGUGUACUCUUACGGCCGGGACAAGAGGGGUUCUCACGAGCAUUUGGAUGACUGGCGGGGGGCGCGUUCAAACCGAGGCAGUACAGACUCUUUAGAUAGUCUUUGCUCCAGGACAGAAGCUUCAUCUCCCACUGUGAGUCAGCUGAGUGCUGUGUUCGAAAAUAUAGACCAACAGGGCUCCAGUGCUACUUUCCGAAAAGGCCAUGGAGGUGGAAGAGGACUGUACUCCCCAGAUGGCUUACAGAGACAGGGGGAGGCCAGCGAGGAUGACACCAGCGCACGACAGUCUCCAUCACAUGGUUUUAUCAGGAAGCGAGUGGGUAGCAAGCACAAUCUGCCGAUUUCAUCAUCUUCAGAAGAUCUUCUCAGUCCUAGUCCUCUGUCGGAGGCCAUGGACCAGGUGAAAACUGAUGAGAAGAAGCCCCAGGAAAAUUCUGAGGUGGUUGAUGGAUCCAGUGAACCCAAACCAAAAGAUGAGGUCAACUCAAACAACGCUGUAGAUGGUUCUUCAGCUGCAUCUCAAGUCAAUGACGCUGCAGGAAAUUCACAUGAGUCUGCAGCUACCAAGGUCCAUGAGGACACAGACGGUCAUGUUAAAGAGGAGUCUAGCAGGAUUACCAAGGAUCAAACUGAAGAACCCAAUGAGGAAUAUUGUAGCAGUGAGAGAGUUAUUUUCAAUGCUGAUGGAGAUGCUUGCUACCAGGGCUGGGGGGAGAGCUGCACCGAGGAUGACCUAUAUGAUGAGGAUCUUUCUUAUGACCCAGGAUCAGAGAUUACAGAGAUUCCUGGCCUUCCAGAGGAGGCCAAGGAGGAAAUUCCACAAAAACGGAAAAUUCAGUUCAGCUGUGCUCCCAUAAAAGUGUUCAAAACCUACUCCAAUGAAGAUUAUGACAGGAGAAAUGAAGAGGUGGACCCGGUGGCAUCCUCGGCGGAGUAUGAGCUGGAGAAACGGGUGGAGAAGCUGGAACUUCUCCCUGUAGAACUAGAAAAAGAUGAGGACGGCCUGGGCAUCAGUAUUAUAGGAAUGGGGGUUGGCGCUGAUGCAGGUCUGGAGAAGCUGGGCAUCUUCGUCAAGACUGUCAUAGAGGGUGGAGCAGCAGAGAGAGAUGGAAGAAUUAAAGUGAAUGAUCAAAUCGUGGAGGUUGACGGCACCAGUCUGGUGGGGGUAACUCAGAGCUUCGCUGCUUCUGUUCUGAGAAACACACAGGGAGUGGUCAGGUUUCUGAUUGGCCGAGAGCGUCCGGGACAGCAAAGCGAGGUGGCUCAACUCAUCAGUCAGACUCUGGAGCAGGAGAGACGUCAGAGAGAGAUGAUGGAGCAACAGUAUGCCCAAUAUGAUGCUGAUGAUGACGAGACAGGAGAGUAUGCCACAGAUGAGGAAGACGAGGCAGGGCAGACAGGAACGGACCGAGAUGUGCCCAUUGAGGUUUUCGAUCUACCUGAGAACGAGGACAUCAUCUCGCCAUCAGAACUGGAUGCCACCAAACUUUAUCAGAAGUUUCGAGAGCUGCAGAUUAAACACACUGUCACUGAAGCUGAGAUCCAGAAACUCAAGAACAAGCUUGCCACUGUGGAAAAAGAGAAGGCACGGUGGGAGAGAGAGAAAACACAGCUGAAGCAAAGCAUCGAGGACAACAAGGAGAGGAUGCUAAAACUGGAGAGCUAUUGGAUUGAGGCUCAGACGCUGUGCCAUACGGUCAAUGAGCAUCUGAAGGAGGCCCAAAGUCAGUAUCAGGCCCUGGAAAAGAAGUACAACAAGGCCAAGAAGCUCAUUAAGGACUUCCAGCAGAGAGAGAUGGAGUUUGCUCAGAGGGAGGAUGCAGAGAAGAAGAGGCUGGAGGAGGCAGAAAAGGCUAAUUUGGCUGAAAUCCAGAGUCUUCAAGUUAGGAUUGCUACACUAGAGUCAGAGCUAUUGCAGCUGAUGAAGCAAAAUGGCAUCCAGAUAAACAAUAACAACAACAGCGCUGAGAGCCGAGCCCAGCUGACGGAGAGACUGACGGCCUUACAGUGUCCAAGGGGAAGUGUUGCUGGAGGGGAACUGGGCGAGCGGACGGGAACCAGUGGAACUCACGCUGAGAGAAACGACAGGGGCUCUGGGCUUCAAUCCUCCAGGGCGACCGGUGCCACAGAGGCCAGGCUCAGGCUGGGACCUGAUAGUGAGGGCUCUUCAGCAAGUCACGAUGAGAAAUCUGGCAAAAAACUACUAGACGUGGGCUCCACAGGGCCUUCAGCAGAAAACAGUCCUGAAAGAUGCAAGAGCAAGAAAUCUUUUUCCUGGCCACGCUUCUUCUCUUAUUCAUAUAACGUGGGUCCUGGUGUCACUGAUGACCUCAGCCUCAGCAGCACCAGCUCCACAGAGAUCAGCGGCAUCCUGACAGACGCCAAGAUGUCUGGCCGAUCGCAGACACUAAUGCUCUCCUCAGAUGAGAGUGUGGAUAUGAUUGAAGAUGAGAUUCUAGACGACGGUCCUCCUCCGAAGCUGUACCAGUGGCAGAACCACAGUGUGACUGAAUGGACAUGUAAACAGGUGUCAUGCUGGCUCAUGGGUCUGAACCUGGAACAUUAUGUCUCUCUUUUUACUGCCAAGAAUGUGGAUGGAGAGCAGCUAAUGAAGCUGGACAACUCAGCCCUCAAGGCUCUGGGUGUAGAGUCUUCUCAGGAUCGGGCUCUGAUAAAGAAAAAGCUGAAGGAUCUGAAAGUAUUGAUGGAUAAAGCUAGAAGAAACAGAGAGAAAAUUGAGAAACAGCGCAAGAAAGAACUGGAGCAGGCUCAGAAACCGGUCCGGAAAAACAGCAACUCCUCCGGACCAGGAGAGGGCGCUACUGAAUGACACUAUUCACCUCACUACUGUCUCACCAUUAUGAGUACAGACCAGUUCAGCAUUUCACCCACUGAAAGUUCAUUUGAAAAGGGUCUUAUUGCUAUUGAGCUGCCAUUGGAUGAAUUGAAACCAAAAUUUCCAGAUACAGAUUUUGUUAUUUUUACCGAACAAUAUUCAGGUUGUUGUUGUUUUUUCACGUUUUAACAGAAUGAUUACUGCUUUUUUGGUUUCCUAUGUUUUAUGUCUGAUUGAUAUCUAUUUAUUUGCAUAUGGAGAAUAUGUAUAUACUGAACCAGAGCAUAUCAGCUCGUAGCUCAUCCAUGACAGUAAAAAAGCACCUUUAGACGUCGAGACAAUGUACAUAUGCAGAAAGCAUAUAUAUGAAUAUGUCUAACGUGCCAUUUUCUAUCAAAAGGAGGAUCGUUUGUUAAGUGAACGAGGAAAGUUUUUAAUACGAUAGCUUUGACAAAGCACAGGUCAUAGUGAUGGACAGUGUUGCUGUUGAGUGUCUCUUCACCAAAAAGAGUUUGGGUGCUGCUCACAAGAAGCACUACAGUCUGAUUCACUGUCAAACACAAACCCUACUGUGAGAAGAAAGCCAUUCCAACUGAUGAGAUAUCAUGGACCCUCUGUGUGGAUAUUUCACUGUAUACUUUGAACCUCCUGUCUGGAUCUCCUUCAUCGACCUGCCACUAUUCAAGAUGAAUACACAUGAAGUGUAUGCUCUUCUCCAAGCUUAAAUCCUCCUAAUGGUAUUUGGGGGGGAAAUGGUGGCAGUAGGAUACUUAACGAUUUCAGGAGUCCGCUAUCUUAAUUUUUAAACAGCUGCUUCUAUUUCACAGCUACCUGCUGUAGCCCUCUCCAUCGCUCUGAGCUAGAUUCUCAGUUAGACCCAAGUGCUGCCUUUGAAGUGCUGUUUAGAUUUUAUUUUUUCUUUUAUGGUUUGUGGUUACAGUCCGGAUCACAGUGGUUGAGUGAAUGCACCUCUGUUUUACCGGCAUCCAAAUGUUGUAGAGCAGAUGACAAAUGUGGGAAAAAAUUGACUUAUCUACUGUAUGUACAGUACACUACCUUUCAAAAGUUACGGGUCAGUAGGAUUUUUUAAAGAAACUAAUGCUUUUAUUCAGCAGGGAUGCAUUGAAUUUAACAAAAGUGACAGUAUAGACAUUACAGAAUGUUACAAAUUAUUUUUUUUAUUUCAAAUGAAUGCUGUUCUUCGUAACUUCGAAGACUGAAGUAAUGAUGCUGAAAAUUCAGCAUUGCCUUCACAGGAAUAAAUUACAUUUUUUAAAUAUAUUUAAAUAGAAAAGAGUUGUUUUAAACUGCAAUAUUUCACAGUAGUCUUGUUUUUACUACAUUUUUGGUCAAAUAAAUCUGAGACUUAAAACUGACCCCAACUCUUAAACAGUAGUGUAUGUUAUUUCAUCAAGCUAGAUUUUAUUCAGUUUGAUCCCAUUGUUUUUAAUCAGUUAUUUGUCACAUUCACAAAGAAAGCACUGUAAUAUAGUAAAUAAGUAGUCUUUUAUAAUGUCAUUCACUGCAUAGACUAACCAGUAUUGCCUCUGUCAGUUUAUCCUGGGUUGUAUUUUUUAAUUUAUGCAACACAUUUUCCAUACUGUAUGUAUCAAUUGUAAGUAUUCAAAACACAGUAACCUACAGACAUCAUUUAGCAUUUCUGAAUGCUCUUUGACGAGUCACAAUAACCCUGUUCAACCCACAUUAUUUUCCCAAAUCUCAAUUUUAUCUGUCCAUAUCACAUUUUUCUGCAUUCGUGAUAAAACGUAUCAUUCAUGUUUACAUUUGAAUUACUGAUUAUUGCCGUAACAGCACAAAGGCAGCUUCAGUGGAAUUUGAGCAAAGUACAGAGGACAUUAUGCAGUGAUUUAUUCAAAUGUGACUCCAUGGAAGAUUAUACUCAUUGUUAAGUACUGAAUUAUUUAUCUCUAAUAAUUUUAAGUCUGUCAUAGUCUGUUUAUUUCCCAAUCAAAGAAAUGUUUAUAAAUCAGUUCACAUUAUUUAUUUAUGAAGCAGAAAAUGAUUACCAAAAAACAUUUAAUUGUACUCAUUGAAAGAAUUAGGAGAUUGUAUGUUUGUUAAUUAACCCACAAUGCUCUUGUGAACAUAUCUUUAUUAUUGUAAUCGUGAAGAAGACGUUUGACUUAACAUUAUGAAAUCCUUUCUAACCCUCUGCUAUGAAUCAACUGAAAAAAAGAACCUGCUGUAGAUCCAAAUCUAACCUGCCUACCGAUAUACUGACUUUUAUAUGUUAAAGUUAAGCAAUAGCUUUUAAUCCUGGCAUUUUGUAUCAAUUCCAUGAGGAGACCGCAGACGGGGUCUGUCUCUUUGAAUGUGUCUGCGUGCAGGGAUAAUCACGUAUGGAUCUGAGGACAGAAAUGUGCUUCUCUUUCAUGGGUUAUUGGUUGUUUUCACUAUACCAUAGUCAGGGUAUAUAGAGGAACUGCACGCAACACCUGAGAAAAGAGCAUUAACCUGUGUAUUUUUGUUCUUCAUACCGGCAUGAGGGACCUCAGUGUGCCAUACCCAUUCUUUCCAAAACUACUCAAUUCUAUCCUUUAUUUUUGUUCAUGAAAAAUGUAAAGCCUUGUGAAAGUUUCUCAUGUUGGACUGUAAAUACACUUCAAGUGAAAUAUUUGAUCAGAAAAAUACAAUGAAAGAUCAUUCCAAA